AUUCAUUCAAAUCGAUAAUUUUUAUUUUCCACCUGUCUCUUUAUCUCCAUACACAUGAAAGGAAUACAAGCUCUAACGAGUGACGAUAAGAUAAAUUUAACAAGCAGUGUGGAGUAGUAAGUGGGGAAAAUCAGUGUCCAGUUCUGUUGAAGCUUUCCCCGUAGCUGGUGCUUCAACAACUGUUACUCAUCAGUUCUAGUGAUGUUUGAGUUCAAAUUUUCACUGUUUUUGACCAUCCUAAGUGUGAGUUGGGCUUGGGACAUACCAAACUACAUGGACAAACCUACCAUCUACGCAGAUGACAUAAGUGUUUCAAAUUUGCCCCAUAAUGAAUUGGUGGGUGAAAAUCGUUAUCGUCUUCCGGACGUCAUCAAACCUCUGGGCUACGAUCUGAAAAUAGUACCGGAAUUGGAUAACAACAAUUUCUCGUUCACCGGCGACCUGACAAUCAGAAUCAACAUUCUCAACACAACUGAUGAGAUUGUCCUCAAUUCGCAUCAGCUACACUUCCAUAAGUCAUCUAUUAACAUCACCCUGGAUGACUCACCCAUCGGACAAGUUUAUAGAAUCGAUUUGGCCAAUCUAACUUUUGAUCCAUUUUAUCAACAAGCCAUCAUCAAAACGAUACAACCUUUGCGACAGGGUAUUGAGUAUCAUUUGAAGAUAAAGUAUGAGGGUGUGUUAACAACUAGGAUGCUCGGAUUCUAUAGAAGUUGGUACUAUUUGGGGAAUGAGACUAGAUGGCUGGGGUCAACUCAGUUCGAGUCAACGUUUGCCAGAUCUGCGUUCCCGUGCUUCGAUGAGCCUCGAUUCAGGAGCACCUUCAAGCUGAGCAUUGCCAGGGAUGGCUCCAGGUCUACCAUAUCAAAUAUGCCACUUGAAAGCACAUCAAAUCCUGACCCAGCCAUUGGAAACCGAGUAUGGGACAUAUAUGAGGAAAGUCCACCGAUGGCCACCUAUUUGUUUGCAUUCAGCAUCUUUGACUUCGCCAAAAUAACUGACAACAGCACGGGACGCGUGAACGUCUACGCACAGAACAUCUCAAUAGCAGAGGGCGAAUUCAUAGUCAAUGAGGCUCCAACUAUACUGGACGUAUUGGGGAACUAUACGAAUCUCACAUUCCCUCUGACAAAAAUAGACAUUGUUGCAGUUCCUGAUUUCAAUGCAGGUGCCAUGGAGAACUGGGGUAUGACUACUUACAGAGAAAAGUAUGUACUAUUCAAGGAGAAUGUAUCAACCACUCUGGACAAACAAUGGAUUCUAUCAAUAGUGGCUCAUGAAUUCGCUCACCAAUGGUUCGGAGAUCUUGUGACACCGUCUUGGUGGGACUACACCUGGCUCAAUGAAGGAUUCGCCACUUAUUUCGAGUAUUAUGUGCCUUCUGUGAUGAGACCAGAAUGGAGGAUGUUAGACCAGUUUGUUGUGAGGGAGCUGCAACCUGCCCUGGCUGCAGAUGAGGGAAGUUCACAUCCCAUAAAUGCUAACGUGUCCUCUCCGUCAGAAAUUGAUGCGAUAUUCGAUGUCAUCAGCUAUAACAAAGCUGGCUCAGUAUUGCGGAUGAUAAAACACUUCCUUGGAGAGUUGUAUUACAGGAAAGGCUUACAACAUUAUCUACGACAUGCACUGAUACAUGAUAGCGGCACAGUGAAACCAAACACACUUUGGCAUGGAUUGGAGUCAAAGCUGCCUUCAGAACUGCUCCCGAACGGAACCAGUCUCCGACAAGUGGUCAGCACUUGGGUGGACCAAGAUGGCUUCCCACUCCUCACUGUGACUCGGAAAAACAGGAGCAUCAUUAUUGAACAGUCAGCAUACUCAAGAACACUGACGAGAGAUGGAAGAGUCAAUGAGGAGAAAGCUUGGUGGGUUCCGCUUACAUUCACAACUGAUAAGGAACUAAAUUUCACCGAUACCACAACUAAAGCCUGGUUGGGACCCCAAAAAUCUGUAGAAAUCAAGAUGGGAGACGCACUACAAUGGAUUAUAUUCAAUAUUCAACAGACCGGAUACUAUAGAGUGAACUAUGACCUGGAAAGCUGGAUGAGCUUGGCCAGCACACUCUCCACGAAUCACACCAGUAUCCACCCCAUAAACAGAGCACAUCUCUUGGAUGAUGCUUUCACAUUGGCAACCAGCGGAAAAGUCGACUAUGAAAUACCAUUGAAACUAUCAGCUUAUUUGGUAGAAGAAGACGACUUUAUUCCUUGGUUUGUUGCCAUCAAGCAUUAUGGAGGCUUGAUCAGGAGGUUCAGAGAUAAUAAAGUUGGUGAACACUUAAAGAAAACCUACACGUCGUUUGUCCAAACAGCCUACAAUAAAUUGUCAGCCAUCAAUGAGCAAAAUCGAACCUACUCUGAGCGUCUGGCAGCAAGUUCUCUGUUCCCUCAAGCAUGCAUGUUGGGAAUUGAGGAAUGCCAAUCAAAGUAUUUGAAAGAUUUUGCAGAUUGGCUCCACGCAGUCAGCAAUCAAUCACAUCCAGCUCCUGCAUUUGACCCAGACACAAAGUACACAACACUUUGCACCGGAGUGAGAGCAGGUAACCAUUCUGUUUGGGAGGCUGUUUGGAACUAUUAUGUCAAGACUGAUAUUUCUACAGAGAAAUCAUUGCUACUUCAAGUGCUGGGAUGCUCACAAAAUUCGUCUUCUUUGAAAACGUGAGUAUUGUACUGCACUAGAAAUUUUUACAGCCCAUGGUUCAGGUCUUAAAUAACUGUAUUAUAGGCUAUUAUUUAGCGUAACCUGUAGAAAAAUAAUAUCAUAUA